AUGAAGUCCAAGCACUAUGGUACUCAGAACCCAAGCUUUACAGUCAUGACCUUCCACCCAACCAUGCAAGAAUUUAAAGACUUCAGCAAAUAUAUUGCUUACAUGGAGUCCCAAGGUGCACACCGCGCAGGCCUCGCCAAGGUGAUUCCACCCAAGGAGUGGAAAGCCAGACAGACCUACGAUGAUAUCAGUGACAUCUUAAUAGCAACUCCCCUCCAGCAGGUGGUCUCCGGGCAGGCAGGUGUGUUUACUCAAUACCAUAAGAAGAAGAGAGCCACGACAGUGGGGGAGUAUCGCCAACUGGCAAACAGCAUAAAAUACCGGACUCCACCACACCUGGAUUUUGAGGAUUUGGAGCGAAAAUACUGGAAAACCCGUCUCUAUGAUUCUCCGAUCUAUGGUGCUGACAUCAGCGGCUCCUUGUUUGAUGAAAACACGAAGGAGUGGAACCUUGGGCACCUGGGAACCAUUCAAGACCCGCUGGAGCAGGAGUGCGGCGUGGUCAUCGAGGGCGUCAACACCCCCUACCUGUACUUCGGCAUGUGGAAGACCACCUUCGCCUGGCACACGGAGGACAUGGACCUGUACAGCAUCAACUACCUGCACUUCGGGCAGCCCAAGACUUGGUACGCCGUGCCCCCCGAGCACGGCCAGCGCCUGGAACGCCUGGCCAGGGAGCUCUUCCCGGGCAGCGCCCGCACCUGCGAGGCCUUCCUGAGGCACAAGGUGGCUCUCAUCUCGCCCACGGUCCUCAGGGACAACGGGAUCCCCUUCAAUCGGAUCACCCAGGAGGCUGGCGAGUUCAUGGUGACGUUUCCCUACGGCUACCACUCUGGCUUCAACCACGGCUUCAACUGCGCAGAGGCCAUCAACUUCGCCACCCCGCGCUGGAUCGACUACGGCAAAGUGGCCUCUCAGUGCAGCUGCGGGGAGGCCAGGGUCACCUUCUCCAUGGACGCCUUCGUGCGCAUCCUGCAACCUGAGCGCUAUGAGCUGUGGAAGCGCGGGCAGGACCGGGCUGCUGUGGACCACACGGAGCCCACGGCCGCGGACAGCCGGGAGCUGAGCGCCUGGAGGGGGGUGCGAGCCCCGGGGAGGGCCGCGCUGGGCCUGAGGCACCUCCCACCGUGCCGCGCCCCGCGUAGCUGCUCCUCUGAUGGCCGGGCUGGCGCUGUUGCCGGCCGCACCUCCCGGGGGCCCGGCCCCACCCGGCCACCGACCCUCACUCCCUCUGCCCCAGAUCUGCAGCCCUCGACUGGUAGGUGUGGUCCUGGUCGUCGUCCCCGGCAGCAGGGGGCUCAGGGAUCUGGCACCCAGGCCCGGGCCAAGAGGCGCCUCUCGGUGGGAACCGGGCACACAGCUCAGCACUCGGAGGCUCAGUCCCUGCCUGUGGGUGGAGGCUGGAUGGACAGCCCUGCACCGCUGAGUCCCGGGCUCCAGCAACCCGCUGAGGCUUCUGGCUGCUGUUGUGCCCCUGAUCUUCAGCCUUUAGGGCCCCCGUUGGAUCCUGAUAAUCCGAUGCACCCUGGCCCGUGCCUGCUAUCCCUGGACAGAAUUACAGUCAGCUUCUCCGACAGUGUUCCACUGGCUCCUCCUGCAGUUGCUGGGAUGCUGAGAUUCCCCAGGCAUGCUGGGGGCGACAGCAGGGCCCCUGUGAACCUCUCUGAGAUUGUCAUGAUGGACCACACUUAUGCCUCUAGGGUUCCUGUCCCAACCCAAUUUUUUGCCUAG